AGCCUCAUACUAGCCAUGGCUCGCCAACCAGCCGAAGCCGACGGUCGCUCUCAGCCUCGUGGCUUGAUCAAUGGAUGGAUUGGAGAGCAGAUCGAAGAUCGAGAGGAGCUAGGGAAUCCACUGACCAACGUCGAGGACAGCACUCUUCGAGAAUCCUGCAGACAGCUGUCCCAAGAGCAGUCCAAGGUCCCCUUCCAACAACUCCUUGAUGCUGCAGAAGUCGCCAAACACCGAUACGAGUACUACUGCUUCUCAAAGGAUGCCACCGACGGUACCAGCGCCCCUGACGGUCCCGGCCUAGCUCUCAAAGUAGACCUCAGCCUUGACGAUAAAAAGGCUCUCGUUGCAGAGCGAGAACGGCUCUUCUCCGGCAGGGGGAUGCUCAUCAUCAUCUGGACCGUCUCUCUUGCCGCAUUCCUUCAAGGUCAUGUCCAGUCAUCCAUCAACGCAGGGAGUCUAUUUGCCGAGACAGUUGGCAUCACCCAGCCCCGUCUGAUCAACCUCACUGCAUCAGAGUCCAACUACACCUUUGGCUUUGUUCAAGAUGCCAUUAACGGUAUCAAUAACGGCACAUACAAGGACACCUACCUAGACUAUUUCAUCCCCCAGAAUGGCACAUACAAUGGGACCGAUCCAGCCAAAACCGACCCACUGGGCCUCAACAUGACUGGACUCGGGGUCACCAGCAUUGCAAAGUGGCAGCUGGGCGGUAUGAAUGCCAUUCCCUUCCUCACGGCAGCCUUCCCGGGCGCACCGCUUUCUCUACCUGUCAACUAUUGCUUUGGUCGUCGCGGGGCCCUCGGUAUCUCUGCCCUUCUCAUCAUUGCCAGUUCUCUGGGCUCGGCCUUUGCUUCCACGUGGCAGCAGGUCCUUGGUGCAAGGAUCGUCGGUGGAAUAGCCAUGGGAAUCAAAGCAGUCAGCGCCCCUAUCCUCGCCUCCGAGACGGCCGUGGGUUACUGGAGAGGCUCUACCAUCCUAGCAUGGCAGCUAUGGGUCGCGUGUGGCAUCAUGAUCGGUUUCGUCGUCAACCUCGUAAUCGCCAGUGCCACAAGAGUCCUCGACACGGUGCCCUCUCACAUCUACCACAUUGUCAGCGAGAACCGCACUGAAAUCAAGAACGGCAUCGAAAUCAUGACCCCAUUCUCUUUCUCCGAUUACCAGUCACGCUAUCUCGCCUUUCAACUGAUCCUCGGCGCCCCUCUUGUUCCUUCAAUACUACUUCUCAUCGCCUUGUGCUUUUGCUACGAGAGCCCACGGUUCUACAUGAGACCGGGGACGCCCAACUACAACCUCGAACGAGCCUUUGAGAUUCUCCGUAAAGUCCGCAAAAAUGAGCUCCAAGCUACUCGUGACUUCUUCCUCAUCUGGUGGUCGAUCAAGACUAGCGCCGCCAAACAGGAAGUGAAGCAAUAUCCACCCAAGGCCGGUCAAGUCAAGGGGGGGAAUAGGGAUGAGGAUGUCGACUCGGGCUUGACAUACAUGUCUCGCAUCUGCGUGGUCCUCAAGCUCUCUGGAAGACAGUUCAAGCCUCUGUUCAAUCAGCGGCAUCUGAGAAACGCCAUGUUGAGCAGCUGUACCGUUGCUCUGGCCCAGCAGCUCUGUGGCAUCAACGUAUUCGCCUUUUACUCAAACGAGCUUUUCAGCAACUACGGAGUCGAGAAGAGUAUGGGAUACAGUUUUGGUUUCGGUGGUGUCAACUUCUUCUUUGCCUUGCUAGCAAUGAGGUCCAUCGAUAUCAUCGGACGAAGACGCUGGCUCUUGUCCACCCUCCCGAUGAUGAGUGUCUGUUUGAUGGCCUCGGCUAUUGCCUACGCAGUCGACGGCACAACAGUCACAGACCGAGGAGCCCAAGCUUCCGAGUCCAUUGCUGGCAUCGUCUUCAUCUACUUGUUUGCUGCUGCAUACUCUCCGGGUCUUGGUCCAAUCCCCUUUACUCUCGCCUCUGAAAGUUUCCCUCUGUCAAACCGAGAAGCCGGUGCUUCAGUAGCCAUAUCCAUCAACCUGCUCUUUGCGGGUAUCCUAACAAUCCUGAUUCCCAGCAUCAACAGAGAGUUCAAGAUUGAAGGCACUCUCGGCUUCUUUGCUGGAAUGAACGUGGUCGCGUUCAUCCUUGUCUGGCUGUUUGUCGAGGAGACAAAGCGGCUACCCCUGGAGGAACUGGAACAGGUGUAUGACAACCCCAAGUUCGAUUUUGCCAAGUAUCAGCUCUUUACGCGUCUUCCUUACCAUAUGAAGCGGUUGAUUUCUUGCUUCGGGGGUGUCGAGGAGCCAGAGAGCUUUGACGAGAUCGUGCUAAGGAGGAGGAGGAGAGCGGGAGAUCUGGCUGACACGUCAGAUGAUGAUGUUCCGCAGCGACCAGGGACUACAUAG